AUGAAUUUUUUAUUUCCAAAAAUUUAGACCAGACCCAUCAAUCUAUUAGAAAGUUAAUGCCAAAGUGCACUCAAAGAAAUUAGUUCAUCAGAAUAACGCCUGCAGAAAUAUGCUUCUAAAAAAAUCUCAAACAAACAUAGCUUUUCAGACAAAUCAUGUCUUCAUUAAUUCAGAAGAGUUUCUCAGGUUAUCAAUGAUCCUUCUCCAGAUGUCAAAUAAUUUCCAGAUGUAAAGAAAAAGAAUAUGUCUGUUUGUGUAAAUCCAAGAAUUGAGAAAUAUAAAAUACAUCUUGAUAUGAUUGAAAAUUAGAAUCCAAUCUAAAUACCUCAUUUAAGCAUCAAAGCUCCAUAAAAAUAUCCUCCUAUUUUAUCUAGUAAAAUUCUACCUUCAACUAAAAGAUACAAAACAGACAUAAGUGAAGGUACAUAAAUUUAUAAAAUUUCGAAUCAUUUUACUAUUCAAAGUGUAAGAGACAAACAAUAAAAAUUAGUUAAAAAUAUUUAAUCGCUUAUUGAACAUGUUAAUUCAUCCAGAGACGAGAAACUCUGUAAAUUAUUCGAUAAAUUAAAACAUGAUUUAGAUUUAGAUGAUAUAAAACUUGAAAAUGAAUGA